AUGGCUAGCCAUAUCAUCGGGAAUCGAAACAGUACUCCGGAAGCCGCUCCGAAUUCCUCUCUGCGUCCUCCAUCCUCUGCCCGAACCCUCGGGUCCCACCAGCUACGAGCUUCAGCUGAUAUGUCCGGCUUCCCCUCGCCGCUGUCAUCUCGCAGCAUGCGUCCUUCCUCCGAGAUUUUCUUCAACCAGCAGUCUCAGGGUCAGAAUGCGACUGAGGAUGCCUUGGAUCGGGCUGCUCAGCAGUGGCUGGCUGACAUUGACCAGUAUGAGACUACGCUGGAGGAGAUGGCUGCCGCCACACUAGACCAAGAUUUCAAGGAUGAGCUCAGUGCGAUCGAGCAGUGGUUCCGGGUUCUGAGUGAGGCUGAGCGGACGGCGGCUCUGUAUGCUCUGUUGCAACAGACGACCCAGGUGCAGAUUCGAUUCUUCAUCCAGGUUCUGCAGCAGAUGUCCCAGAGCCACCCGAUGUCCGGGAUCCUCUCUCCAGCCAAUUUUGGUGAAAAAGAUGCCAUGUCUAGCCGCUUGAAUGAUGCGAUGUCGAAGCUCAACAUGGACACAUCACGAAACUCCCUGGGCCGGCCCCCACCAUCGCCUGGCGCUAAGCGCAACUCCGCACUCGACUCCUCUACUAUUAAUGCCAUGUUCCCCGAUGCGGCUGCGGCGAUUGCGAAGAAGAAGGCCGAAUUCACUCAACAGACAGGAAACGCUCCCCCCUCAAACCGCAACAGUUUGGUAUUUGGGGACCGUACCUCGUUCGUUGCUCCUACCAUUUCGGGCCCUGACAAUGAUACCCUGAGCCAGCCUCCGGCAUCUCCAUGGGCCCAGCGUGGUGGUCUCUCUGACGCCCAGCCCCCGAUUGCCCGGCCCAAGUCUUCUUCCGGACAUCAACCUAUGGGCCAGUUCAGCCAGCCCUCCGGCUCCGGUCUUCGCUCCCCUCUGCCUCAGACUGCCAACAUCCCUGCUCCGGAUAUUGAGCCCCCAUUGCUCUCCCCCUACAAUGUUGGAAAUCACAGCUGGGCGUCGAUGACCAACACCCCCAUGACAGCAACUUUCGCUCAGCAGCAAAGCCAGGGUAACUCUCAGGCUGAUAUGGUGGCCAAUGCGACCGCCAUGAAGCUGGCAGCUCUGUCUACCGUGAACAAUCGCAUCGCCUUGGAUGAUGCCCGCAAGUACCGUCGCGCUCGCUCCAAUGAUGGACAGGGACGAAACUCUAAUGUCAAUGCGGCUAUGUCCCAGGGCUUGGCCAGCCCUGGUCUGGCUGGGCCUAACCAUCUGGCUGGUCAGCUUCUGAAUGCUCAGCAGAUGGCCGCUCUGCAGGCUCAGCAGCAAGCUGCUAUGGCUGGUCGCCGCUCUCGGCCCACAUCCCCGGGCAUUGCUAUGCAAGGUGCCGGUGGUCUUGGCGGCAUGAGCUUCACUUCUCCGCAGAACAAUGGGUUCCUUGCCGCCUACGAUCCGAACAAUCCGCUGAUGGGCAACGGGCUGAGCUCUUUGGGCAUUGGACAGUUUGGCUUGGGAGGCGAGGGCUACUUGUCUGACCACUCUGAGGUUACUCGUGGUCGCUCACCCCGUGGUCGCCGUGGUAGCUCGAAGCCACCAGAGGACCCCACUGACCCAGCUCUUCUGAAGGACAUCCCCAGCUGGCUGCGAUCCCUUCGGUUGCACAAAUACACAGACAACUUGAAAGAUCUCAAGUGGACUGAUUUGGUUGAGCUUGAUGACAAGGCCUUGGAGGAUCGUGGUGUCAAUGCACUGGGUGCCCGGAACAAGAUGCUGAAGGUCUUUGAGCAAGUCAAGGAGGCUCGUGGUGAUGGCAAGCUUGAAAACAUCGAAUGA